AGCAGUAGCACAACACAACUACCCCAUGGUCAAACCUGCGGGCAGCUGCUAGCCAUGGCCGCGUGACCGCGUCGUAUAUAAAUCACCACCAUCGCCGGCCAGCCGGAGUCUCAAACCACACGGCAAAACACCAGCAACAAAGCUAGCUACUCGAUCAGGAGAAAAAAAACACCUCUCUCAAGUCUCAGCCAGCUGAGCUGAUUCCGGCGAGGCGGCCGGCGAAGAAAACUCUGCGCGCCAUGGGUGGUUCCGCGUGGAUGGUGGCGGCGGCCGUGGCGGCGGCGGUGGUGUCGUGGGUGUUCAACGCGGUGGUGGUGAGCCUUGUGUGGAGGCCCCGCGCCGUCGCCAGGCGCCUCCGCGCGCAGGGCGUCGGCGGGCCGGGGUACAGGUUCUUCUCCGGCAGCCUCGGCGAGAUCAAGCGGCUCCGCGACGAGGGCGCCGGACUCGUGCUUGACGUCUCCUCCCAUGACUUCGUCCCCAUUGUGCAGCCACACUUCCGCAAAUGGAUUCCCCUCUACGGGAAGACAUUCUUGUACUGGUUCGGGGCGCGGCCGACCAUAUGCUUAGCAGAUGUGAGCAUGGUGAGACAGGUGUUGUCAGAUCGGACAGGGAUGUACCCUAAGAACCUGAUGAACCCAUACUUUGCUCGCUUGCUCGGUAAGGGGCUUGUGCUCACCGACGGUGAAGAAUGGAAGCGCCACCGUAAGGUGGUCCAUCCGGCGUUUAACAUGGACAAGCUCAAGAUGAUGACGGCGACCAUGUCGGAUUGUGCUCAGUCCAUGAUGUCUGAGUGGGAAUCAGAGUUGAGGACAAAGGGUGAUGGUGUGGAGAUCGAGCUGAGCCGGCGGUUUGAGGAGCUCACCGCCGACGUCAUCUCACACACAGCAUUUGGGAGCAGCUACCUAGAAGGAAAGCAGGUCUUCCUCGCACAAAGAGAGCUUCAAUUUCUUGCCUUCUCUACCUUCCUCGCCAUCCAAAUUCCAGGGUUCAAUCACCUCCCGACCAAGAAGAAUCUAAAGACAUGGUCAUUAGACAAGAAAGUGAGGAACAUGCUCAUGGACAUCAUCAAGAGUCGCCUUGCCAACAAGGAUGUUGAAGGAUACGGAAAUGACCUACUUGGGCUAAUGUUGGAGGCAUGCGCACCAGACCACGAGGAGAGCCAGCCGCAAUUGAGCAUGGAUGAAAUCAUCGACGAGUGUAAGACUUUCUUCUUCGCAGGGCAUGACACCACCUCACACUUGCUCACAUGGACCAUGUUCUUGUUAAGCACACAUCCGGAGUGGCAGGAAAAGCUUAGGGAGGAGGUGGCAACAGAGUGCGGCGAUGAGGUGCCCACUGGUGAUAUGCUCAACAAGCUAAAGCUAGUCAACAUGUUCCUUCUUGAGACCCUAAGGUUGUAUGGCCCUGUCGCAUUGAUACAAAGGAGGGCUGGUGCGGACCUUGAGCUCAGUGGCAUCAAGGUGCCCGAAGGCACCAUUCUAUCGAUCCCGAUCGCGACGAUUCACCGUAGCAAGGAGGUGUGGGGCAUGGAUGCCAACGAGUUCAAACCAGAGAGGUUCGAGAAUGGGGUGUCAAAGGCAGCGAAACAUCCCAACGCAUUGCUCUCCUUCUCAAGCGGGCCGAGGUCUUGUAUUGGGCAGAACUUCGCCAUGAUCGAGGCCAAGGCUGUCAUCGCCAUGAUCCUGCAAAAAUUCUCCUUCACACUAUCACCCAAGUACGUCCAUACACCAACCGAUGUGAUCACGAUACGUCCAAAGUAUGGGCUCCCUAUGAUCCUCAAAAGCCUCAAAGUGUAGAGAGAGAUAAGUGUCCAUUUGUAUUGGUGUAUAUUUUGGCGGUUCUUUUGUACACCAGAUAUUGUUUGUGAGCAUCUGCUCCUAAUAAUGAUGUCACUUUCUGUAAUGUAUAAUAACAUUCCAUUUUGUACAAAUUUGGAGUGUAAAUUUAUUUAGUUUGUUUGUUGAUUGAAUUUAACAAGUUUUGGUACUUCCAUCUCAUCAU